ACCAUUUUCUGCUUACAUAUAUACAUACACAUAUACAUAUAUAUACAGUAAAACAAAGGAGACUUCUCCAUCUACAGAUGAGAGUUUUAAGAGAGAGAAACGCAUAAUUGAAAUUCCGUUUCUCUUUAAUUUCUUUCUCUCAAAACUCUCUGUAUUUCUUUUUUGUUAGGGAAUUGUGUCUGCACCUACCAUCGAUCCCGCGAAAGCCACUGCUCGGUGUUGCUUUUGGAGAAUCUGAAGCUCAAUUUUGCGUUUCUCAUCCUAAUUUUUCUAUGUAUUCGAUGAAGGUGGAGGAAGUCAUGCUGGUGCUGUUCAUCUGAAUUGCCGUUUGCGAUUCUCGGCGAGGAUUUUAGGGGAGAGAAGAAGAUUUGCGGCGAAUGCGCCUCCGAUCUUUACGUUGGAGGCGGAUCUGAAUCGGAGCUCGAAUUGUACACGCCAAAACAAAAAAUUUAUAAAAAAAAAACUGCAGAUUGAGGAAUUAAUUAUACAUGGAAUUACCUCUUGGAACUGAAGGAAGAAAGGCAACUCAUGAUUUUCUCUCACUGUAUUCGUCACCAGCUGCACAUACCCAACAAGAUCCGUCUCCCUCGCAAGGCGGCUACCUUAAAACGCAUGACUUCCUGCAACCAUUGGAACGGGUGGGGAAGCAUGUGACAACAACGAAAGAAGAUAUUAAAGCUACGGUGGUUGCUGUUGAUAGGCCUCCAGUGCCAGCUCCUCCGGCCUUGGUGGAGCAUAUUCUUCCUGGUGGCAUUGGGACGUAUAGCAUCUCUUAUUUCAAUAAAAUGGUGUUACAGCCUGAGGGGAGCAUGUUUACUGCUCAGCCGAGUAGUACUACCAGGAACGACGGAAACUCAAACUGCAGUUCUAGUUUUACUCUGUGGAAUGAAUCUGCAGUUAAAAAGGGAAAGACAGGGAAGGAGAAUAUUGCCACAGAAAGACAUAUUCUGCGAGAAGCGGGUGUUAAUGUGGUUGGAGGGCAAUGGGUGCCAUUCAUGGAAAAUCCAUCACAAUCCUCGUUUAACCAUAAGAACAACGCCACAAACUUCAGCUCUUUCUCAUCUUCUCAGCCAUCAUCAUCUCAUCAGAAGAACCAAAGUUUCAUGGAUAUGAUCAUGACAUCUAAGAAUGACCAAGAAGACGAUGAUGAUGAUGAUGAUGAAGAGGAGAUCACCAUCAAGAAAGAGCCAUCACCCAAUUUUAAAGGUAAUUUGUCUGUGAAAGUUGAAGCAAAAAAUAUAGAUCAAAAGCCUAAUACACCACGCUCAAAACACUCAGCUACAGAGCAACGAAGGAGGAGCAAGAUUAAUGACAGAUUUCAGAGGCUGAGAGAGAUCAUUCCUAAUAGUGACCAGAAGAGAGACAAGGCAUCAUUUCUCUUAGAGGUUAUCGAAUACAUCCAGUUUUUACAGGAGAAAGUAACCAGAUAUGACAGUUCAUAUAACAUCUGGAAUCAUGAGCCAUCUAAAAUGAUGCAAUGGCAGAGGAAUUGUCAUGGAAAUGAAGGUUUUGUAGAACUUGCACGAGGAGCAAGCACUGAUUCUGCUCCAGCAUCAGUAUUUGGCAAGAAGUUUGAUGAGAGCAAAGCUGUCGUCUCACCCAGCCUGCCAAUCAGUGGACAAAAUCGAGUAGACUCGGAUUUGAGCACUGCUACUACUUUGAGAGAGAGAGUGGUUCAACCUCCUGAAUCAACAUCUAAAGCUGGGGCAGUUCAUUCGUCAAUGCAGCCAAAUAUCUUCACUCUUGGAAGUAGGACAACAAGCAUUCCAGCUUCCCCAAUUUCACCAAAACAGGCAUCUGGUGUGGAGAAAAUUAUUGCAAGGCCUCCAUCUCAGGUUCUAUCAUGUACCACCGACAAUAAAAUGACAGAACAGGAACUGACUAUUGAAAGUGGCACGAUCAACAUCUCAAGCGCCUAUUCCCAAGGGCUGUUGAAUACACUUACACAAGCGUUACAGAGCUCUGGAGUUGAUCUAUCUCAGGCCAGCAUCUCAGUACAAAUCGAUCUGGGGAAGAAAGCAAACGGCAUCACACAUUCUUCAACUUUCGUCUCCAAGGAGGAUGAAGUCGAUGCCACCUUACCGCGUUCUGCAACGGGGAAGGAGUCAGGGCAUGCUACGAAGAAACUAAGGACUAGCUGAAGCCUAGUGUAACAGUGUAGUAAUAUUCUUUGGUAGUUUUAUUUGUUCAUUUUUUCGGGUUCCGUUUUCGACAGAGAGGUAUAUGCCAAAAUCAGGAACCGUUGUACAUGUGUUUUUUAUUAUUCCAGAUGUUUUAACUCCAGUUUUGGGAUACACAUAUCUCAGCACACAAAAAUGUUGUGUUACUAUGUACUACUAUCUGUACGUUACUAUAAUUUAUUUCUAUAUGUAAGAGGCUUCCAUUCUGAUAUUAGGAAGCCCUGCUUUUGAUUUCAA